UCUCUGUAUCCAGCCUUAUACAGAUCGAAGCUCCGAGGAACAUAUCCUCUGCCUAACCAUGAUACCCCAACCGCUGACGCUACUUCCCCCUCUGCCCUUCUUUCCUACAGUAACCAUUUGCAUCACUAACCCCUCUUUUUUUUAUAAUUUUUUUUUUUUUUACUUUCCCAUUCUUCACUCUGAAACAGACACCAUUUUCUCUGAUAAAAGGCAACACCACCUAACCAACCUCUUUGUUUCACUUCUCAGAUUUGAACAAGUUUUUAUCAAUUACCAUUCAUUUACUCUUUGCAUUUUCUUGUGUUGGACUAAUAGACUUAGAUCAGAUUCGUUUCAAAAGGGUGGUACUUGGUAGUGCUAGUUCAAACUUCAAAGAGCUGAUAUCGAUUAUUGAAAUUUCAAAUUUUCAAUAUUUUUCAUUGGUUGUUGGAUUGAGAUAUAUGGCCAUAGCUCGGUUAGUUCGGCAAGCAAAGCGCCCUCAUGGGUUGUGGGUGAAGAUGACAGCCGUGACCAUAUUGGGUCUCUGCUUCAUCUUUGUGUGGGGGGUGUUUUCGUCUUCUUCAACCUCUGUCACCACCCAAAGGGAGAGCUUUGAGGACAUUGCAGAACCCGUGUCCUCUUCCUCUUCUCACAAACCUCAGAAGUUGAAGAAAGAUGAAUCCAAAAAGGGUGGUGGUGGUGGAAAGAGUGAGAAAAAAAGUAACGGGAAUGGGUCUUCCCACCCUGAACAACACAAGGGAAAAGACAACCAAAAGAAAGAGAAGAAACGCGUGCAUAAGGAGGAUAAUAAGGAGAAAGGGAAUCAUCGAGGGGAUGAAGAUCCUCAACCACAACAUGACCAGGAAGAGAAAGAGAAGCGUGAAGAGGAGGUGGAGGUGGAGGGUGAGGAGGAGAGAGUGGAUCGAGAGAGUGAGGGGGAUGUGGAUGCUGAUGGUGGCGGUGAUUUGGCUGAAUCUGUGGAUCAGGGUGAUUCUGAGGCGGUGGAAGAUGUGGAGGAGGUGAGAAAAGCAAGCAAGGGAAAAGUGAAAGGACCCUUGUUCAAUCCAAAUGCUACCUAUAGCUGGAAACUGUGUAGCACUAGAAGCAAGCAUAAUUACAUUCCCUGCAUUGAUAUUGAAGUUGGUGGUGGGAAGGUACCAAGCUACCGGCACACGGAGAGGAGUUGCCCGAGGACGCCCUUCAUGUGUAUGGUUCCUCUUCCUCAUGAAGGGUAUGGAUUUCCACUACCCUGGCCUGAAAGCAAAUUGAAGAUAUUGUAUAAGAAUGUUGCACACCCGAAACUAGCUGCAUACAUAAAAAGGCAUAAUUGGUUGAUGGAGUCUGGAGAGUAUCUUACUUUUCCCCAAAACCAAUCUGAGUUGAAGGGAGGGAUUCAUCACUAUCUUGAGUCCAUUGAAGAGAUGGUACCAGACAUUGAAUGGGGUAAAAAUAUUCGUGUUGUUCUGGACAUUGGAUGUACAGAUUCGAGCUUUGCAGCUGCUCUCCUUGACAAGGAGGUUUUAACAUUAUCACUAGGCUUGAAGAAUGACCUAGUGGACUUAGCUCAGGUGGCGCUUGAGCGGGGCAUCCCAGCAGUGAUUAGCCCUUUUAGUAGAAGGAGGCUUCCUUUUCCAAGUCAAAGUUUUGAUGCUAUACAUUGUGGGGGCUGCGGCAUACCUUGGCAUUCCAAUGGUGGUAAGCUUCUAUUAGAGAUGAAUCGGAUUCUACGACCUGGUGGAUACUUUAUUAUGUCAACUAAACAUGACAGCAUUGAAGAAGAAGAAGCCAUGACCACAUUGACCGCAUCUAUUUGUUGGAAUGUUCUGGCGCAUAAAAGUGAUGAUGUUGGUGAAGUUGGAGUUAAAAUAUAUCAAAAGCCUGAAGGAAAUGACAUUUACGAAUUGAGAAGGAAGAAGGUUCCACCACUUUGCAAAGAAAAUGAAAAUCCUGAUGCAGCCUGGUAUGUUUCCAUGAAGACUUGUUUGCACACCAUUCCAAUUGGAAUUGAACAACACGGAGCAGAGUGGCCUGAGGAAUGGCCCAAGAGGCUCGAAUCUUAUCCUGACUGGGUGAACAACAAAGAGAAAGUGGUUGCAGACACCAACCACUGGAAUGCUGUUGCUAAUAAGUCAUAUCUCAAUGGAUUGGGCAUCAACUGGACAAGUAUCCGGAAUGUAAUGGACAUGAAAUCUGUCUACGGAGGAUUGGCUGUUGCUCUCUCUCAACAAAAGGUCUGGGUGAUGAAUGUAGUACCUGUUCAUGCACCGGAUACACUUCCCAUCAUUUUUGAACGUGGGCUUAUUGGUAUAUACCAUGAUUGGUGUGAAUCAUUUGGCACUUAUCCAAGAACAUAUGACCUUUUGCAUGCUGAUCAUUUGUUCUCACGGCUCAAAAACAGGUGCAAGCAGCCUGUGACCAUUGUUGUUGAGGUGGACCGUAUAUUACGGCCAGGAGGUUGGAUAAUCAUACGUGACAAAGUUGAAAUUCUAAAUCCGUUGGAGGAAAUAUUGAAAAGUAUGCAGUGGGAGAUUAGAAUGACUUUUGCUCAGGACAAGGAGGGUAUCUUGUGUGCACAGAAAACUAUGUGGAGGCCUUGAGUCUCAUAUUAUUUGCAAUUUUCUUCUUGUAUAACAUCAACCACAAGUACGAGUUGUAUUACCAUGUUCUUCAACUUGAAAUGAUGUGAAUGAAGGAAUUUUUAUAGGCAUCCUUCUUCCAACAAA